AGUUGCCAGUGUAGACAUAGCCCAAAUUUGUUGAGUUUUCUAGUUAGGUUCCACAAAACCAUUAUCAAUUGUAAGCAUCUCAGGUGCUAAAUAGCCUUAACGUGGCGUCAUAGAUGGUCACUUUGGGCACUCCAAUCUAUCUUGCCACUGAAAUAAGCUUACCUUGUGAUAAAUGGUUCUUUACACCAAGAAUACCCAGAAACAUAUCCCUGAAAAAAAGCUUGUCAACUCUGGCCACACGUCUAUGCUAGUGACACUUAACCAAAUAAGCCACACCAUCAGGGGCUCAUCCACCUGCACCCACUAGCACCGGCUCCUGUGGAGCUCUUUCUCCUCUCCCUCUCCUAAUUUCCUUGCAGGAAGUUUGAUGUUCUGAGUCUUUGUUCCUCAUUUGUAAAAUGGGAAUAGUAGCAUCCCCCUAUUUCAGAGGGCUGUUGACAAGGUUACUUUAUGGCUAAAAAGAACAUUUGGGGAUCAACUUAUUCCGCAAUAUGAAGUGAAUUCACGGACUGUUGAUAUUUUAUAUGAGCUUGUGGAAUGCAAUGAAACCAGAGACAGGGAUGUCUCCCUUGUGAUAGAGGAUAUGAAACAGAAGACUGCAGAAUAUGAGUCAGAAGGAAAAUUAAUUAUACAGCAGACAGAAACAAUCAAAGAACCAUACAGAGACAAUACAGAUAAGCAAUAGAGAAGUGGAGACCAUACUGACAAAACAAUAAAGAAAUUCAACUAUCUGCAGGAUCUUCUCAUGGAGAGUGUGAAUCUUUCCUUCAACAAUCUCUCUAGCGCAGGCACCAGCUAUCUGAACGCAUUGGUAGAUAGUGCGAUGGCACUUGAAACCAGGGACACUUCCCUAGCAAGCUUCAUCCCUGCUAUCAAUGAUUUGACCUCAGAUUUACAUGCGACAGAAUCGAGAAACAGAGAAAUGGAACUUGAAUUGACCAACCUUAGGAAAAAGUUAACUGCAGCACUGGUGCUAGAAAAACAUCUCCAAGAGGACAUUAAAAAAACAGAAGAACAUCUGGCAAUGGAAAAAGCCAAAGCUGAUAGCCGGGCCCAGAACAUGACAUUCUUGAAGGAUAAAUCUGAGGACUUCAAAUUCAGGAUCAAGGCUGCAGAGGAGCAACUUUCUGCAAGUGGGAUGGACCCUUCCUUGACACAUCAGUCAUUAGUGAGUCUCUCGGAGAAACUGUCUGAACUAAAGCAACAGACUAUGCCUUUGAAGAAGAAAUUGGAAUCCUACUUGGACUUAACUCCUAAUCCCUCCCUUGCUCGAGUGAAGAUUGAAGAAGCAAAGCGGGAACUGAAUGCUCUUGAGGCUGAGUUCUCCAGUAAAGUUGACAUGAUGACACUGUCAGUACCAGAGCCCAGCAAACGUCGAUUUACCUAAAGUCACCAGUGUGGAAAAGGAUGUACAAAAAAAGUUAGACUUUUUGGGCUCCUAAACAUCGUGGUAUACUCCUCACUGUGUGGGCCUGCAAACUGACUCUCUUUCUGCCAAGCACAUGGAUUUUGAGCUAUUCUCAUAGCUUUCAUUUUGUAAAUAUUAUGUAUAUUUUGUUUUCCAUUAGCCUGAACAGUAAAAACGAGGCUUCCUUCUCUGUCCAUGUUUACAAAUAUAAGAUAAAACUGGUAAAUGACCUCCAGAUGGCACCCUAAUCAGCAAACAGGCAGUUUCAUGUUUGAUUAAACUUCUGAA